AUCGUUUUGAGGCGAGAAAAGGCCAACGCACCCAGUGAUGAAUGGUGUAUUUUGCAGUUUUUGUUUAGUCUAGUUACAAGCAUAAUGAGAAUGAGAUAACCGCUAUUUACUUAUAAUAAUCUACAAUUUUGUAGUCACAAUGGAAGAGCCUACCUUACGAUAUGAAAAAAUUGACUUCCUUGGAGAAGGCCAAUUUGCAACAGUCUACAAAGCAAGAGAUGUGAAAACAGACAAAAUAGUGGCUGUAAAGAAAAUUAAAAUAGGCUCUCGUUUGGAGGCUCAGGAUGGCAUAAACAGGACUGCUCUCAGAGAAAUAAAGCUGUUGCAGGAGCUACAGCAUGUCAACUUGAUUGGACUAUUAGAUGUAUUCGGACAAAAAUCAAAUGUAUCUUUAGUGUUUGACUUUAUGGACACUGACUUAGAGAUAAUAGUUAAGGACAGCAACAUUGUGCUCACUCCAGCUAAUGUGAAGGCUUACAUGAUCAUGACAUUGAGUGGUUUAGAGUAUCUGCAUCAGAAUUGGAUACUACACAGAGAUUUGAAACCAAACAAUUUGUUGAUAAAUCGGGAAGGAAUACUUAAAAUUGGUGACUUUGGUCUUGCCAAGGCUUUUGGGUCUCCCACCAGAAUAAAUACACAUCAAGUGGUGACCAGAUGGUACAGGUCACCAGAGCUCUUAUUUGGGGCGCGGCAGUAUGGCACAGGUGUGGACAUGUGGGCCAUUGGUUGCAUUUUAGCUGAGCUUCUGCUGAGGGUACCUUUCUUGCCAGGAGAGUCAGAUUUGGAUCAGCUGACACGCAUAUUCCAAGUAUUUGGCACACCCAAUGAGGAGAAUUGGCCGGGUAUGAAGGGGCUUCCAGACUACGUGCAAUUCAAGCCGUUCCCACCGCAGCCGCUGCGGCACAUCUUCAGCGCGGCGGCCGACGACCUCAUACAACUGCUCGAGAGCCUGCUCGUGCUGUUUCCGCCGAAACGCUGCGACUGCACGCAGGCGCUGCAGAUGCCGUACUUCAGCAACAAGCCAGCCCCAACAGUGGGCAACAAGCUCCCGAUGCCCUCGAGUUUCUCAAAGAUCGAGACAGAGAAGCCCACUCUCAAGAGGAAACUGCUCGACAGUAUUGAUGGAGGCUCCCUGCCCAAGAAACUUCUUUUCUGACCGACACCUUUUAGUACAAUGACAGGGAGUGCAAUCUAUAUCAUUUAAAAGUGCAACUGCAGAGGUACGCAUGUUUUCUUAUGUGAAUCCACUAAAUUCGAAAUGUAACUUUGACAAAGCGUCAUAAAUUACAGUUUGAGUUUAGAGAUCUAUUUAAAAGAUUAGAAUCCUCAGUUCACCUGGUAAUACAGCUAUUUUCUACAUAUCUUAGAGGACAGUCUAAGAAAAUAUGGAGCAUCGAUAUAACUGUUCGUAGAUCUUGCUUUUGCUCGAAGUGAUGCGCGCCAAUUCAGCACAGGUACAAUUUUGUCUUAAAACUGCUAAGAACAAUAUAUUUAUUGAAUAAUAAUAAUAAACUUUCGAUGUAUUGUCUUGUGAAAUGGGGAUUAUAAACUGAAUAUCAAUGAAAUGUAUUUCCUGAUAGUAUUAAGUGAUUUUAAGUUAAAGCGGGACUUUGUACAAUCAGACCUUGUUUUAAUAUAAUGCAUUUGUUUCAUACAUAUUAAUUAUACGUGAUUAGGAGGAAAGUUGAAGAAAACUGCAUUUUAAGUAAACAAAAGUAAAUAUAUUUUGACAGA